AUGAAAUUGCAAAGUUUGAUCGUGUUAUUUCUUGCAUUGUUCGAAUGCUGCGUGGCAACAGGUAUUGUUCUAAAAGAUGUUGUGUUGAGCUUUGAUAGCAGGACACCUUCUAUUCAAUUGGACCAAGUAGACAUUGAUUCCAAGGCCAAAAGUAACGAGACACCGGUUUCAUUAUCAGAGACAUUGACUCUUUCGUUUGAAACCGAAGACGAACUCAGUCAGGCUAAUAUUCUAGUGGGUGUUCCUAGCAAAGGUCUAGAAGCUGGGUAUACCUUGAAGAAAAAGAACAGCGGUGAUCACAGCAAAUACGUUGCUAAUGUUCCAUUGUCCAAAUAUGCAGGCACAUUCGAAGGCUUUUCUCAAUUGGCCAUAACGGUAUUGGCUGCGAAUGAGGAAACGUCGCUCGUAAAAGAAAUCUUCCAAUUGAACAUCAAUACAACCGAAACUCAAAGUACUUCGAGUAAGAAGGCCAACAGAUUUGGCCCAUUGGAUGAAAUCCACCAUGUUUUCCAACAACCACCAAAGACAGUGAAUGCCUUUAUUGCACAGGUAUUUUCUGCCAUCAUUGCAGGUGCACUACUAGUGUUGUUGGCCGCAUGGGUUGGAUUUGGAGUCAUCAGUUUCAACUUGAAGAGCGUGUCUUCUUACGUGUUUGUAGCUUUGAUCUCUGGCUUUGAGUUUAUCUUCUACAAGUACUACUUUGGUAGCUCGAUCUUUGAUACCUUAUUCAAGGCAUCUCUGCUUCUGCUACCGGCUUUGCUCUUCGGUUCUGCCACGUUGAAAUCUUUUAAACAUUAG